GUCAAAUGAAGCAAGAAAAAUAGCGUUCGUAUUUUUGUUGAUUUGAUUGUAUUUUUCAGAACAAAUAUAAUUAAAAAUUAUGGCAGAAAGCACGGAAAAGGUGGAAAAUGGUUCAGAUGCACGAAGACGAGUACUUACUAUAGCAGUAUCCACAGUUUUACUGGAAAAUGGAUUUGAAUCCACUGACAAAAUGGCACUAGAAACACUCACAGAAAUGCUUCAAUGUUUUUUGUCCGAAGUUGGAAACUCAGCCAAAAACUACUGUGAGCUAUCAGGCAGAGUAGAGCCAAUGCUGAGUGAUGUAAUCAUGGCCUUAGUAAAUAUGGGUAUCAGCAUACAAGGAUUAGAACAGUAUGCAGCUCGGCCAAACAGACAUGUGAUCCAGCCACCACAGCAGGCCCCAGCCCCAAGAACACCAGCAAUGUUAUCAGCAGGAUCCAAGGCUAAGCCUGCUCCUCACAUACCAUUCCACCUUCCACCAUUACCUGAUCCACAUGCUUAUAUUAGGACACCUACUCACAAACAGCCAGUAACAGAAUAUGAAGCUAUAAGAGAGAAGGCUGCCUCACAGAAGAGGGACAUCGAGAGGGCAUUGACGAAAUUUCUAGCUAAGACAAGUGAAACACAUAACUUAUUCAACACAGAGGAUAAUCAGGUGUUCCCAUUAAUAGCAUGCAAGCCAACAUUCCCUGCGUAUUUACCAUGUCUGUUACCAACAGACCAAGUAUUUGACUUUGAUGAAUUAGAAUAUCACUUCCAAGUUGCUAAUAGAACUGAAGAUAUGCCAGCUGAUAAAAAAGAGCAAUCGGACAAUGAAGGUGACAACAUGGUUGAUGGAGACAACCCAAACAGUUCACAGAUGGACAACCCUGAAGCUAGUAUGGCAUCCAGCCCAGACAGAGGCAAAUCUGGUGGAUAAUUUAUACAAGAGCUUACAAAAUUUAAGAUUAAGGAUAUAUUAGUAUUUAAAUAAAAUACAAUUUAAGACAAUAACACUUGGUUUUUUAUUAUUUUUCUCCAAAUGUGCAUGGAAGUCUCUUCUAUAAAUUUUGAAUGAUUAUCUUAUGUCUGUGAACUCUACUGUUAUUCUAAUAAAUAUGUUCUUUUUUUAUUCUAAUAAGAGUUUCGUUGUUAUAAAAAUAAUGUUCAAAACAUGUAGAAACAUUAUCAAAUUCGUAUAUUCCGACAUUUGAACCAAUUUUCUAAGUAUAAAUGAUUAAUUGGCCAUAAAUCAUUGAACUGAUUUUUUGUGACAACUAGGGUUGACAUAUUACUAAAUAUUAUUAUAAAUGUGCAAUGUAAUUAAUAAGUAUGCAGUACCAAAAUAAAAUAACAGAAUUAUU